AGCCUUAGAAAGCAGGACAGAGGGGCAUCACUCACCCGGAGAUACCUAUUCACUAUUAACUGUCAGCCGUCUGAAAACCAUUCCUCUUUUUCUCUCUGUUUGUCUGUCGAUGUCUUUCCAUGUCUUGCCUUAUCGUUUCAUACACACCCAUCCUGUUCACCACCGUCUCUCUGUUUCUCUCUCUCUUUCUCUCUCUCUUUCUCUCCGUCCCUUGCUCUUUCACACUUCUUCCCUCCCAUCGGCUGAGCGAGAGAAAGGGCACUCUUCUCCAUCAGUACCAUUCAGAUCGUAAGAGGCAGAAGAGAAAGAAAGGGAGAUAUUGAGACAGGGGGUAAGUGAGAAAGAAGGAAAGUGAGAGAGAGAAAGUGAGAGGGAGAGAGAGAGAAAGUGAGAGAGUGGAAGCAGAGUGUGAGCAACACAGUGUUGGUCUUUACAGUGGUGGGCAGACGGGCAGGGAGACAGCAGCCAAUGAGUACAGAGCCCACCGACUGAAGAAUAUUCCUUUAUUUAAUUAUCCUGCCUGUUGCUGCUCUGACUCUCUGACUUGUAUGAGCUCAUAUAAGAUAGAGGAGUACAGAGAGAGAGAGAGAAAGAGAGAGGAAUAGUUUGUAUGGGAGCGUGCGUUUGUUUGAGUGAGUGACUGAGUGAGACAGAACGCCUCAGCCUCACAUUCAUCUAGUUGGCCUCCUCUGCUCUGCUGAUGGACUUUGGGUUGGACUUUAAGCCCUGAGCUGCCUGAACUGACUGUAACGCUGCUCUAGUAUUUAUGUUGGAUUAACCAGCGGCGAUCAGCCAGCGACAUGAGUGAGGAGGGCAAGGAGAAGGGCUCUGGGAAGACAGCGUCUCACCGCAAGAAGAAAGGGAAAAAGUCUGACAGCAAUGCCAGUUACCUGAGAGCAGCCCGUGCCGGCAAUCUGGAGAAGGCUCUGGACUACCUAAAAACCGGGGUCGAAAUCAACAUCUGCAACCAGAAUGGUCUCAACGCCCUCCAUCUUGCCUCUAAAGAGGGCCAUGUGGAGGUGGUCGCGGAGCUCAUCAAGCUGGGAGCCAAUGUGGACGCCGCAACUAAGAAAGGGAACACGGCUCUCCACAUAGCGUCUUUGGCUGGUCAGGUGGAUGUGGUAAAGGAACUAGUGACGAAUGGAGCGAACGUCAAUGCACAGUCUCAGAAUGGCUUCACUCCUCUCUACAUGGCAGCACAGGAGAAUCAUCUGGAGGUGGUCAGAUACCUGCUGGACAAUGGCUCCACACAGAGCAUCGCCACUGAGGAUGGCUUCACCCCCCUGGCAGUGGCCCUGCAGCAGGGCCAUGACCAGGUGGUGUCUCUGCUGUUGGAGAACGACACCAAGGGCAAGGUCCGCCUCCCAGCACUACACAUCGCAGCCCGGAAAGACGACACCAAAGCUGCUGCUCUCCUGCUGCAGAACGACCACAAUGCAGACGUGGAGUCCAAGAUGACGGUGAAUAGGACCACAGAGAGUGGCUUCACUCCGCUGCACAUCGCUGCACAUUACGGCAACAUCAAUGUAGCUACGCUUCUCCUCAACCGCGGUGCUGCCGUUGACUUCAAGGCCAGGAAUGACAUCACCCCACUGCAUGUGGCGUCUAAGAGAGGCAAUGGCAACAUGGUGAAACUACUGCUGGAGAGAGGAGCCAAGAUAGACGCUAGGACCAAGGAUGGCUUGACUCCUCUGCAUUGUGGCGCGCGAAGUGGACAUGAACAAGUGGUAGAGAUGCUGCUGGACAGAGGAGCCCCAAUCCUGUCCAAAACUAAGAACGGCCUGUCUCCCCUCCACAUGGCAACCCAAGGGGACCAUCUCAACUGCGUUCAGCUACUGCUGCACCACGACGUUCCAGUUGAUGACGUCACCAAUGACUACUUGACAGCCCUGCAUGUUGCCGCUCACUGCGGACACUACAAGGUUGCAAAGGUCAUCGUGGAUAAAAAGGCCAACCCCAACGCCAAAGCACUGAAUGGUUUCACUCCGCUUCACAUCGCUUGCAAGAAGAACAGGAUCAAAGUGAUGGAACUUCUGCUGAAACACGGAGCAUCCAUACAGGCAGUGACCGAGUCGGGUCUCACUCCAAUCCAUGUUGCGGCAUUCAUGGGACAUGAGAACAUUGUGACCCAGCUGACAAAUCAUGGUGCUUCGCCAAACACAACGAAUGUGAGGGGAGAGACCGCCCUCCACAUGGCAGCGAGGGCCGGCCAAGCAGACGUGGUGAAAUAUCUGAUACAUAAUGGGGCCACAGUGGAGGCUAAGGCAAAGGACAACCAGACCCCGCUCCACAUCUCCAGUCGUCUGGGGAAGCCUGAUAUCGUGCUGCAGCUACUGCAGAAUGGGGCGUGUCCUGACGCUACCACCACUUCUGGUUACACCCCUCUUCACCUGGCCGCUAGAGAGGGCCACAAAGACAUUGCCUCAGUUCUCCUUGACCACGGGGCCUCUCUGGACAUUAUUACCAAGAAGGGCUUCACUCCUCUUCAUGUAGCAUCUAAGUACGGGAAGAUAGAAGUCGCCAACCUGCUGCUGCAGAGACACGCACCACCUGACGCAGCUGGGAAGAGUGGUCUAACUCCACUGCAUGUAGCAGCUCACUACGAUAACCAGAAAGUGGCUCUGUUGCUGCUGGACCAGGGUGCCUCACCACACGCUGCUGCCAAGAAUGGCUACACUCCCCUUCACAUCGCCGCUAAGAAGAACCAGAUGGAGAUCACCACGACUCUACUGGAGUAUGGAGCCGACACCAAUGCGGUGACACGGCAGGGCAUCACGCCUCUGCACCUGGCCUCCCAGGAGGGCAACGUUGACAUCGUUACCCUGCUACUGGCCAGGGACGCCACCAUCACCCUGGGCAACAAGCCAGGGAAGAGUAAUACACGUUCUCCAGAUAUCACAGAGAGUGGUCUGACCCCUCUCCACCUGGCUGCCCAGGAGGACAAGGUCAGCGUAGCUGAGGUCCUGGUCAACCAGGGGGCCACUGUUGACCCAGAGACUAAGAUGGGAUACACUCCACUGCACGUGGCGUGUCACUACGGAAAUGUGAAGAUGGUCAACUUCCUGUUAAUGAACCAGGCCAAGGUCAACGCCAAAACCAAGAAUGGCUACACCCCCCUCCACCAGGCUGCCCAGCAGGGCCAUACCCACAUCAUCAACCUGCUGCUGCAGAACGGAGCAUCUCCCAAUGAACUGACUGUGAACGGCAACACAGCCUUGUCUAUCGCCAGGAGGCUGGGGUACAUCUCUGUUGUGGACACUCUGAAGGUUGUCACUGAGGAAACACUGACAUCCCUGACGGUGAUUGAGAAACAUAAGAUGAAUGUCCCUGAAACAAUGAACGAGGUUUUGGACAUGUCCGAUGAUGAAGUUCGUAAAGCCAAUGUGCCUGAAAUGCUCACUGAGGACUAUUUAUCUGAUGUUGAAGAAGAAAUGGAAUAUCAGUGUGCGUUCGAGAGCUACUGUCGUGAGGAUGCGAUGACGGGUGACACGGAUAAGUACCUGGGUCCCCAGGACCUGAAAGAGCUGGGAGACGACUCUCUGCCCCAGGAGGGAUACAUGGGUUUCAGCAUCGGAGCACGCAGCGCCAGCCUGCGCUCCUUCAGUUCGGAUAGGUCCAAUACCCUGAACCGUACCUCCUUCACCAGAGACAGCAUGAUGAUUGAAGAGAUACUGGCUCCUUCCAAGGACACGGCUCUCUGUAGAGACUUAUCGUUCAUUUCUGAACCCCAGAGUAAGCGUCUGGCGGUGGCCAACAAGGACUGUGACUCUGAGUCUUUGAGACGGUACAGCUGGGCUCCUGAUGCUCUGGACAACGUCAACAUGGUGUCCAGCCCCAUACACUCUGGCUUUUCCUCUCCUAUGCCCCAGUAUGACUCCAGGUUCCUGGUUAGUUUCAUGGUGGAUGCCCGUGGCGGCUCCAUGAGGGGAAGUCGCCAUAACGGCAUGCGCAUCAUCAUCCCGCCUAGGAAGUGCACAGCGCCGACUCGCAUCACCUGUCGCCUGGUGAAGAGACACAAACUGGCCACACCCCCACCCAUGGUGGAGGGAGAGGGAUUGGCCAGCAGGCUGGUGGAGGUGGGGCCAGCUGGAGCUCAGUUCCUGGGUAAACUACACCUUCCUAGAAAGCUCCCAUCGCUAGACGAUGGAGAGAAGUUGGUUAGCCGAGUCCUGCAGCUGGGACCACGAGGAACACAGUUUAUUGGACCUGUGGUUGUGGAGAUCCCUCAUUUCGGUUCCAUGAGAGGAAAAGAGCGUGAGCUGAUUAUACUGAGGAGUGAGAAUGGAGAGAGCUGGAAGGAACAUCUGUACGACUGUAAGACCGACGAUCUCAACGAGCUACUCAACGGCAUGGAUGAAGAGCUGGACAGUGUGGAGGAACUGGAGAAGAAGCGCAUCUGUCGCAUAAUCACCAAGGAUUUUCCACAGUACUUUGCUGUGGUGUCCCGGAUCAAACAAGAGACCAGCCAGAUGGGCCCUGAGGGAGGAGUCCUCUCCAGCCUGACACUCCCAUUGGUUCAAGCAUCCUUCCCAGAGGGGGCACUUACCAAGAAGAUACGAGUUGGACUGCAGGCCCAGCCUGUUCCUGAUGACACAGUGAAGAAGAUCCUUGGUAACCGGGCAACCUUUAGCCCCAUAGUGACCGUGGAACCUCGGCGCAGGAAGUUCCACAAACCAAUCACCAUGACAAUACCGGUCCCGACCCUGUCAGGAGAAGGGGUCAGUAAUGGCCACAAGGGAGACUCCACCCCUUGCCUGAGGUUGCUAUGCAGCAUCACUGGCGGUACCUCCCCUGCCCAAUGGGAGGACAUUACUGGGACCACACCCCUAACCUUUGUUAACGACUGCGUUUCAUUCACGACCAAUGUGUCUGCCAGGUUUUGGCUAGCUGACUGCCACCAGAUCCCAGAGACAGUGGGACUGGCCACCCAGCUGUACAGAGAGCUCAUCUGUGUUCCCUAUAUGGCCAAGUUUGUGGUGUUUGCCAAAAUGAACGACCCGGUGGAGUCCCGUCUUCGCUGCUUCUGUAUGACGGAUGACAAGGUGGACAAAACCCUGGAACAGCAGGAGAACUUUGAGGAGGUGGCCAGGAGCAAAGACAUUGAGGUGUUGGAGGGCAGGCCUAUCUACGUCGACUGCUAUGGUAACUUAGCCCCUCUCACCAAGGCUGGACAGCAACUCGUGCUCAACUUCUACGCAUUCAAGGAGAACCGGCUUCCUUUCUGUGUGAAGGUCAGAGACAACAGCCAGGAACCAUGUGGUCGCCUGACGUUCCUGAGGGAGGCCACCAAGACCAGCAAGGGCCUCCCACAGAUGGCCGUGUGUAACCUGAACAUCACCCUCCCCGCGCUGAACAAGGAAAUGGAGUCAGACCAAGAAGAAGAGACUGAAAAGCCAGAACGACGUCAUACCUUUGCAUCUCUGGCCUUACGUAAACGCUACAGCUAUCUGGCCGACCCCGCCACCAAAACAGUUGAGCGAAGCACAACAAGAACACUGCCUGCUGGUUACGCUCACAAACCUGUCUUUUCAACAAGAUCUUACCAGGCAUGGUCGGCUGCGCCUCUUCCCCACCCUGUCCAAGCAAGGUGUGGACUGGGUUCCCUCUCCAGUUCACCGUCCAACACGCCAUCUGCAUCGCCACUAAAGUCUGUCUGGUCGCUCUCCUCCGCUUCUCCAGUCAAAACCCUUGGAGCCUCACUCUCACAUUCAAUCAUGUCCACUAGCGACUUAUCUUCUCCCGCCAUUAGACCCUAUAGAACUAUGGCCUCCCCUAUUAAAACUGUCGUGCAACAGGCUCAGUACCCAGUACAGGUCUCUGCUGGCUUGGUGUCUUCUUGUAAAGCUGGGACAGAUCCUGUGUUCAUUAAAGGACUAUCCACCCCCUUCUCUUCCAGGAGUCCACCGGCCUCUAACACAGGGUCUGUGCCAGAUGGAUCAACCACGACUCAACCUGAAUGCGCAAAGCCCCCGGUUAACAUGUACAACUCUAGUUUACCCUUCAAAUCAGUCUUGGCCUCCUCAUCCUCCUCGCCUGUCAGGACUAUCGCUGGCCUCGCCACUGCCACGGCAACGUCCAAGGGGAAGCCCCUCCCCUCCCUGUCCUCACCAGCCCAUUCCUCCGACGCCUCUGCCAUGGUGAAUGGAUUAGUUUCUCCCAUGAAAUAUUCCUCUUCCUCUCAGCCUUCCUCCCCCUCCUCCCCAACGUCCCGUCUGUCUUCAGAUAGGUCAGCCAGUCUGCAGGAGAGGAUACAGGCCACUAACCAUGCGGCCACGUCUAGCGUUAGUGCAGCUAUAAAUGAGGCCGAAAGGACAUUUAACUCAUCGGGUUACGCAACUCUCAAGUCAAUGUCUACCUCGCGUCGAUCGAACAGCUCAACAACGGUUUACGCCUCUGUGCGGUCUCAAACUCCAUCCAGCACCUCGUCAACAUCCAAUGCAAUGACAGUACCAGUGUACUCUCUAGUCAAUGUGGUACCAGAGUCCCAAGUGAAAAAAGGUCCUGGAUCACUGAAGAUGGCGGCUGCAGACUCUCGGAAAUCAAAGACUGCCAUUAAGUCUCCUCCCUACAUCACUCCCCCUGGGCUCACUCUUACCCCCCCUUCCUCCCUGUCUUCCAAUCAGGACAUCCUGAGAGACGUGGCCGAUAUGAAAGAGGACCUGUUGAGGAUGACGGCCAUUUUGCAGACUGAUCCCAGGGCAGCCAGAAACGUCCAGUCUCAAACCCCUAAAGAGCCUAAAAUGGAGGAUGAAGAACCGUUCACUUUAGUUGAGAAAGUGAAGGAAGAUCUAGUUAAAGUCAAUGAGCUCCUCAAUAAGGACAGUACAGCCAGUAGAGGGAGGACAUUUGAGGAGGAAUGGGAGGAGUUCUCUAAAGAUGAGAUAGAGGAAGCGCAACAAAAUGCUAAGGAAUUCGUUCAUCCCCCUUUUGAUGCUAACGCCCUCCAUUUUAGGCCCCAGUCUAUGUCCAGUAAAGAGUUGAAUCUAGCCAAGGUUGUUGACUACCUGGCAAAUGACAUAGGUGCUAGUUCACUUUCUAAAAUGGCAGAGAUGAAAAGCAGAUAUGAGGAGGCCAAAAGGGAAGGGGAGGAAAAACAGAAACUUAAAAAACUAAAGAUGCCGCCCCCAGGAAUGCGUACAUCUGCCUCAGAGAAAGACUUAUGUAAACUGGCAGAGUCCUAUUAUGGGCCUGACGCUAUAUUAGAGUCUCCUGAGGACUUAUCUCACGAGCAGGAUAAGAGUCCUCUGUCAGACAGCGGCUUUGAAACAAGAAGUGAAAAAACUCCUUCAGCGCCCCAGAGUGCAGAGGGCACUGGCCCCAAAACACCCUUUACCGACCCCAUACCCCCUUGUAUCACAGAGACCAGAACCGAGGUGGUCCACAUACGGAGCUAUGAGCAUCCAGACGAAAACUGUGAGGCCUUCAUUGAGGAGGCAGCUUCAGCAUCACCAGCCUGCAUCGAACCGGACGCCUCCGCACCCCCUCCCAAAGACAAAGUCAAAUCAUUCCAGAUCAAAGUCUCUGAAGACUCUGACGCCGUCGUCAGCAAGAGCAUGCGGCUCAAAGAGGAGACUCACAUCACCACGACAACCCGCAUGGUUUACCACAAGCCCCAGCUAAAGGAUGGCUCAGAGAGGAUUGAGGAGACCAUGUCGGUCAGAGAUAUCAUGAAAGCAUUCCAGUCCGGAAGGGACCCCUCCAAGGAACUAGCUGGACUGUUUGAGCACAAGGCUGGCCAGGAAAAUGUAAAAGGGGACGAACUAACCCCUAGGUUCCUUGAUAAAGACAUUAAAGCAAAACCCAAAGUGGAGAGAAUCAUUGAGGUUCACAUAGAAAAAGGAGGAAACACAUCUGAACCAACUGAGGUGAUCAUAAGAGAGACCAAAAAGCAUCCAGAUUAUUAUUUUUAUAAGGGAGACCAUGGAAUUAAGGAAUUAGCUGAUAAUGAUGAAGCAAAGCAUGAACAGGAGGAGCUUACCGCUGAUGGCACCCUGCCUUCUUUUCUGGAUACAUCCCAUGUCAACAUCCCCGUCUCACAGGAAGAGGAGAGUCGGCCAAGCUCUGCUCAGCUGAUGGCCGACAAUUCCUACAAAGCCCUCAAACAGCUCAGCCAACACUCUGUAGAGUAUCAUGAUGAUGAGCUCUCUGAAAUGAGGGGCGAGUCUUACAGGUUCGCUGAAAAGAUGCUCCACUCUGAAAAACUAGACCCUUCCCAGUCUGACAUAGAGGAUACAGCAGUUGAAGAAACGUGUGGUAUGGCCACAGAGUGGCAUGGAGCAGAACGUGGUUAUGGUGAGAAAGGGUCCGGGCCCAGGAAAGAGUUCACGUUCAAGUCAUCAAAGGAUGAAUACUCUAAGUCAGGUAAAUUUUCUCAUAAGGAUGACCAGUUUGACAAAGUGACAGUGUUGCAUUACACCACAGAGCCAGGCAGUCCAAAGCAUGCGGUGUGGAUGCGCUUCACUGAGGACAAGCUGGACAGGAACAGAGAGAAACUCAUCUACGAGGACCGCGUCGAUCAAACUGUCAAGGAGGCAGAGGAAAAACUAAGUGAGGUCUCUCAGUUUUUCCGUGACAAAACUGAGAAACUGAAUGAUGAGCUGCAAUCGCCAGAGAAAACACCUCCAAAGAGAGACCCCCGGCAGACUAGAUCAGGGCCCAGCUCCACCUGCAGCAGCCCAGAGAAAACCCAACAGAAAUCCAGGACAGGGGGGGAGGAGUGGGGCAUGGGACGGGGCAAUAAGCUCUUCAGUACCACUGGAGAGAGGAAGACCUCUAGUUUACCCAAUAGUCCAGAAAGAGCUGUGCUCUCCCGUUUCAGUGAGGACAACUCCAAACAGCAGACUAAGACAGGGGCAGACAAACCCACUUCCUCUAUUGUGAGCUCUGUUCGGUUGAAGUUUGAAUCAGAGACACAAAAACAAGAUACAAGUAGUUCUCAGGCAGCACAGUCAAAGCCCCAAGUCAGGAAGCUGCAGGAGAGUAAGCUGCCAGUGUUUCAACUGUUUACUGGAGGAAAAAUAGCUAAUGGGUCUGAGGAGAAACGAAGUCCUUCUAAAAAGAGCCCAGAGAAACCCAAAGGGCCAGUCCCAAAACACUUUGGAAGUGAACUUGAUAAAAAAUCUGAGAAAACAACCUCAGUGAGCCAGGAUGUUCAGGGCACAGUGGGAAUCAGUAAGAGUCUAAAGGGACAAGCAUCACAUACUCAUGAUACAGUGAAGGAGAAGAUUUGUAAAGUUGAAAAAGCGCAGGCAACAAAAAGUGAGUUGCCGUCCCAACAGAUGGCAACAAGUCCUGCAGCAAAUAGGGCUGUUUAUUCUGAACCUAUGUCUAAAGACAAUGGUGACCCGAUUAACAAGAAUCUUAGAAAAAAGACAGAAUCCCAGAUUCCAGUCAGGACUGUGUUUAGCCACUCAGACAGCGAUCAGUCAAAGAAAGCAAAACAAGAUACGAUAUCUAAGCCACCUGAAAAGACAUCACAAAUUCCCAUGCUGACUAAGACCAAAACGCAUAUUAGCCCAGUUACUAGCCCAACAAAAGCAGAAGAACUAACAAACUCAACACUAGAAAUAUUAGAUAACGGACCAAAAGACUCUAACUCAAAUAAUGUGUGUGACACCAGAGAAACACAGGAGAGAUUAGCACCAGAGAAAACCUCAAAUUUCAAAGGUAUCAAAACAUUACCUGUCUAUGUGAGUGUUCAGGUGGGUCGCCAGGGAGAGAGAGAGGGCAGGGGGGGAGUUCUGUACAAACAAAAACAGCCGUCAUCGCCUCAGGCCAGUCCUGAUGAUGACACGCUAGAGCAGGUGUCUUUUAUAGACAGCUCCGGCAAGAGUCCCCUCACUCCAGAGACGCCCAGCUCGGAGGAGGUCAGCUACGACCUCACCUCCAGAACACCUGACUCUGUCCUGGGUUUCAUGCCCUUUCAGCCCAGCCCCAUCCCAGAGGUCUCAGAAGACUCCUCAGAGGAGGAGAGGGGGCAGGCCUUCUCCUUCAAAGACUCCCCACCAGAUAGAUGUAGUGUCACAGCAGCUGACCUUAAGAAUGGAAACCAGGAGGCUGGGCAGACACCUAAAGACAAAGGUGUAGCAUACAUCCAGUUUCCACCUCCGCCGCCCCUGGACUCUGAGCAGUCCAGCCCUGAGAAAAAGGGUUCUUGUGGAUCAUCCGAGGCAGAGACAGAAAUGAUGGAGGUGAACCUCCAAGAGGAGAAUGAUAAAAAGCUCCUGACAGAGCCCAUCAUCAGGGUCCAGCCUCCCUCCCCGGUGCCCCCGGGAGCUGAAGACAGUGACUCCAGUGACGAUGAGUCUGUCUUCCCACCCAUUUCCUUUAAGAAGUACACAUUUAAGAUCCCAGAGGAACAGGACCAGCUGGAUAGGAAAGGGUCAAAAUCCAAAAAGCAUGACAAGAACGGGAAUACCCAAGAGCUAGGAACUAAUGGAACAGCCAAGACAGAUGAGUAUGACUCUGAACAGAAUGGAAAUGACCAGUCCUUAACGGACUGUUCUAUCGCCACAACAGCAGAGUUUUCUCAUGACACUGACGCUACUGAGAUAGACUCCUUGGAUGGGUAUGACCUGCAGGAUGAGGAUGAUGGUCUUUGUGAGCUAGAGUCUAAACCCUUUGGUCUGCUGGACAAUAGGAAGGAUGUGUGGGCCUCGGAGAGCAUCAUUAGGCCCAGUGACCGCUCCUUCAGCCAGACCAAACUAGAAGUCAUUGAAGAGGAGAAAACACCAGAGGAGGAGUGCAGAAAGGCUCAAAGUGAUCCUGUUGAUAUAAAAACAGACGGAGCCAGCCGUCAGGACCAGAAAGAUAAAGAAGGAUUUUCUGAUACGUACUUUAGUUACAAACUAGAGGAGGCGUUUGACUCUCCAUUUAAAACUAUUGCCACUAAAGGUCUGGACUUUGACCCCUGGUCCAGUAGAGGUGGAGACGAGGAAGUGGUUGAUGCCCGGAUUAAAGACGAUGAACCAAAGCCGUUUGGGCUGGCGGCUGACGACAGAUCUCAGGCCUCAACCCCAGACACGACUCCCGCCAGAACCCCAACCGAUGAUAGUACCACGCCGACUAGCGAGCCUAACCCGUUUCCCUUCCAUGAAGGGAAGAUGUUUGAGAUGACUCGCAGUGGUGCGAUUGACAUGAGCAGGCGGGAUGUUGUGGAAGAGAGGCUGCAGUUCUUUCAGAUUGGCCCCCAGAGCCCCUGUGAGAGAACAGACCUGCGCAUGGCCAUAGUGGCAGAUCACCUUGGCCUGAGCUGGACGGAGCUGGCCAGAGAAAUGGAUUUCUCUGUAGAUGAGAUCAAUCACAUCCGCGUGGAUAACCCCAACUCGCUAACUGCUCAGAGUUUCAUGCUUUUAAAGAAAUGGGUUACCAGAGAUGGCAAAAAUGCCACAACGGAUGCCCUAACAGAGGUCCUGACUAAGAUCAAUCGGAUGGAUAUUGUGACAAUGCUGGAAGGGCCAAUAUUUGACUAUGGUAACAUUUCAGGCACAAGAUGUUUUGCAGAUGAUAACGCAGUUUUCCUGGAUCAGAGUGAUGGUUACAGUAACAUCGAACUGGAGAUGCAGACCCCCACCACGCUGCACGGCAACCGCUUCUUUAGCGAGGACUCUAGCUUUGACUCCCCCGUUAGAACGCCCACGAGGCCAUGUGACCUUUCACUCGGCCGCGCCACCAGCAUCCCGAGUCCCGCGCUGAACCCGCAGCCUCCCACCAUGGUGGUCGAGGAGGAUACCGCCGGGUCGCUGGCCACCCGGGCAGCCGGUGAGGGGGCAGCCGCUGGAGACGACGCGGCGGUCAGCAGGGAGUCUGUGUCUUCGUAUGAGCCCUGUGACAGGGAGGAAGGGGUGAGGAAGAGCGGCGUCGCGGGGACGAUGUCACACCAGGCUGGGCCUCCGCGUGAGGUGGAUAGGGACGAUGAGUGGAUGGCCACGUCUGGAGGAGACCCGCCGGAGGCCCUCGGCUCCGGGCCUGUUUUGGGGGGAGAGGGUGGUCAUCUGGGGGGAGAGAUCCUGGGGGGAGAGGGCGGUGGGUCUGGUUCUCCGGAGGAAGAGGAGGAGAUGAGCCAGGAGAAGUUAAAGUCUCUGUUGGAGGAGAUGGCACUGGAGGAAGGCUCGGAUGAUGAGGAGAUGACGGAGGAUAGGAUAAACGCCAUCUUGUCCCAGGUGCGGCAGGCAGACAAAGAUGUGAUGUCAUCACCCGCAGGUUGGCACAACGAGGCGUCCGGUGGCAACGUGGAAACUCCCACACCUGGCCGCGGUCUGAGUGCUGAAGGCGUGGGGCGCCAGGACACCAGCCCUGCCAACUCAGUCGACUCUCCGACAAAGUCACCCGACCAGGCAGCAGGGAAGGGCAACUCAGACCGUGCCGACGUCCCGUCUCAGCCAGCCGCUACAGAGGCCCGGGGGUCUUCAAACGGGGUGAAGGGUCACGGUGAGGGCGAGAAGAGGGUGUCAGUGUCACAGGGAGGCCGGGAGGAGAACAAGGCGACUCGGCAGGGAACCACAGCAGGACCAGGCAGCAGCGAGCAGCGUCAGGAGCCGAGAGCAGGCGAACAGGAGAUGCAUCAGGAGGCUUGUAGCUAUGAAGAGUCCGGCUCUGAUGAGGAACGGACUGUUACCACAAAGGUGUUCCGACGGAGGGUCGUUCUGAAGGGAGAACAGGCCAGAAACAUUCCUGUGGAGUCAGUGACAGAGGAGCAGUUCACAGACGAAGACGGAAACGUUGUUACCAGAAAAGUCAUCAGGAAAGUAGUGCGUCGCACUGUGGCUACGGCAGCUACUGUUUCUGAUAAGGGGAAUACUGACGCAGCUACUGCCACAGAAGAUGUGAGAGCAGAUGACGCAGGACGAGGAGGAGGUGUUGGGGGUGCAGGAGUAGAUGGAGGCAGGCAGGAAAGGAAGGGCAGGAAAAGAAACAAGCGCUCCCGAGGAGGCCCUAAAGCAGAGCAAGACCGCUCUAAAGGCCAAUCGGGAAAGACUGAGCCUGGAGAAGGAUCUAAGGAGAAAAAGAAGGAAGGGAGGAAAGGGCAAUCGUAACAGUUGUGUGCUCAACCUGGUUUAUUCAUGACUUCCUGGAAGGGAGAUGACUGGAACCUUGAAGCAGGAAAACAGCCAAUCAGAUCAUGUUUCUGCAGCUUUCACAUUAACGCAUGGUUUUCAGCAAGACAACUUUAUUUGAUUUCGCAUGAGCAUGAAAAACUCACUGUUCUGUCAACAACCUAGGGUCCAGUUAUGACCUAUUGUUACUAUGGUGAUGGGGAGAACAGGCCUGUGGUUUGUUCCUACAUGGAGUCACAACAACAACAGUAGCCCAGCCCCCAGUCAUCUGUGUGACCAAUGAGGCACAACAGGACGUUUGAUUGACAGAUCAGAGGAACACGUGGAGUCACCUUCUACAAGCCUUAUAUUUUCGCUCCUGGAGCCACGCCAAUGGGGUGUAUAAUGUGGGUGUGUUUUUUUAUGAAAAUAGGGUGAUUUUAUUGUAUAUAAAUGACACUGUAAAAUUCUGAAAUAAGGCGCUGACAGAAUGUUGUUUGACAGCUUUGAAAUGAAACCCUAUAUUGAGUCCAUCUUUAUGGAAUGUUGUGGGUGUUCUUGCCUAAUGAUAAGCAGGAAAUGUUUGUAAAAUAAUAACAUUGGCUUGAUUUUAAUCUUAUGCCAUUUCUGUAGAACCCACUAAAACCUUCAAACAUCACUUCAGUGAACAUAUUUCCUCAGAGUACUAAUAUUUUUAUGCAUGAGAUUCACAUUAUUUUAGUUUGUUUUUCUAAUUUGCAAAUACUGCAUCAUGAAAUAAGCCAAGGGUGUGUUGCUUCUAUCUGUCUGUCUAACCACUCUACUCUGUCACUUUGACUGUUUUUAAUGAAACACACAUGAACACAGCCACCACUGAGGGACAACAGGAUAGAAAGGGAGAUGUCAUUAUAAUGCUUUAUCAAGGCCCUCUGUGUCACAUACCUUUACUGUUAAAGGCUGGAUACGUCAGAGCUAUUACCCCAGUAGAUAGUGUAGACGGACAGUGUAAAGAUUGAAUUGUAUCAUGUGUAUUGGGGCUCUAAGAGAUAGUAGCCUUUUGUGUACGCCAAUAAUUUGUAAUCAUUCUAGCAGUGUAAUGUUAGGUUUUCAGACUGCUGUGGGGCAUUUUAUUUGGGUUUUGGUGACAUGUUUCCUUACGUUGAAUUUAUUCAUAUGAGACCAACUAAAGCAUUCAUUGAUUAUAGAUCUGGUAACAUAUGUAUGACAACCAACAUACCAUACACUGGAUGAUCCAAUAAUUAUUUAAGCAUAAAUAAAUUGUGUUUAAACUGAAAA